GGUCGGGACGAUGGCGGCGGCCUUGGGCGAGGAGGCGCCGGACAACGAGGACUACUACGGGCUGCUGAACGUGCGCCGUGAGGCCUCCCAGGAGGAGCUGAAGGCGGCGUACCGCCGGCUGUGCAUGCUCUACCACCCCGACAAGCACCGCGACCCCGAGCUCAAGAGCCAGGCUGAGCGUCUCUUCAACCUUGUCCACCAAGCCUAUGAAGUGCUUAGUGAUCCACAGACCAGAGCCAUCUAUGACAUAUAUGGGAGGAGAGGACUGGAGAUGGAAGGCUGGGAGGUUGUGGAACGAAAGAGAACUGCAGCUGAAAUCAGGGAAGAAUUUGAGCGUCUGCAGAGGGAGAGGGAAGAGAGGAGACUGCAGCAGAGAACUAAUCCAAAGGGAACAAUUAGUGUGGGAAUAGAUGCCACUGACCUGUUUGAUCGCUAUGAUGAGGAGUAUGAAGAUGUGCCUGGGAGCAGCUUUCCCCAGAUUGAGAUCAACAAAAUGCACAUAUCCCAGUCCAUCGAGGCACCCCUGACUUCCACAGAUACAGCAAUACUGUCUGGAAACCUUUCCACCCAGAAUGGGAAUGGAGGCGGAUCAAUUAAUCUUGCACUGAGACGAGUGACAUCUGCCAAGGGAUGGGGAGAGUUGGAGUUUGGAGCUGGAGACCUUCAUGGACCUCUCUUUGGGUUGAAGAUAUUUCGUAAUCUUACACCAAGAUGUUUCAUCACCACAAACUGUGCCCUGCAGUUCUCAUCGCGCGGGGUCCGCCCCGGCCUCACCACGGUCCUGGCCCGAAACCUGGACAAGAACACCAUGGGCUACCUGCAGUGGAGGUGGGGCAUUCAGUCAGCCAUGAACACCAGCAUUGUCCGGGACACCAAAAGCAGCCACCUCACCCUGGCAAUGCAGCUGGGAAUCCCCCAUUCUUUCAUGAUGGUCAGUUACCAGCAUAAGUUUCAGGAUGAGGAUCAAACACGAGUGAAAGGUUCUCUCAAGGUGGGUUUCUUUGGGACCAUAGUGGAGUAUGGAGCAGAGAGGAAGAUCUCCAGGCACAGUGUUCUAGGAGCCACUGUCAGCGUUGGUGUUCCCCAAGGAGUGUCCUUGAAAAUCAAGCUGAAUAGGGCCAGCCAGACCUACUUCUUCCCUGUCCAUCUAACAGAUCAGCUGCUUCCCAGUGCUGUGUUCUAUGCCACCGUGGGACCUCUCGUUAUCUACUUUGCCAUGCACAGGCUGGUCAUCAAACCCUACCUCAGGGCACAGAAGGAGAGGGAGCUGGAGAAGCAGCGGGAGAGCACAGCCAGUGACAUCCUACAGAAGAAGCAGGAGGCUGAAGCAGCAGUCCGGUUAAUGCAGGAGUCAGUCCGAAGGAUAAUUGAAGCAGAGGAAGCCAGAAUGGGUCUGAUUGUAGUGAAUGCCUGGUAUGGGAAGUUUGUUAACGACAACAGCAGGAAGAAUGAGAAGGUGAAGGUUAUAGAUGUGACUGUGCCUCUGCAGUGCUUGGUGAAGGACUCUAAACUCAUCCUUACAGAGGCCUCCAAGGCUGGGCUGCCAGGCUUCUACGACCCCUGUGUGGGUGAGGAGAAGAGUUUGAAAGUGCUUUAUCAGUUCCGAGGAGUUCUGCACCAGGUGAUGUCAGCUGACAAUGAGGCCCUUAGGAUACCAAAGCAAUCUCACAGGAUCGAUGCCGACGGCUAAUCCGGGAACGCGCGUCCCCCACGGUACCUGGCUCAACAGAAACUGCAAAACCUCCCCCGGAC